AUGAGGUUUAUUAAAGACUUGGGUUUAGGAGAUAUCCUUGGAGGUUUAGGAGGAAAAGGAGGUGGAGGAGGUUUAGGAGAUAUCCUUGGAGGGUUAGGAGGAAAAGGAGGUGGAGGAGGUUUAGGAGAUAUCCUUGGAGGGUUAGGAGGAAAAGGAGGUGGAGGAGGUUUAGGAGAUAUCCUUGGAGGUUUAGGAGGAAAAGGAGGUGGAAAAGGAGGAAAUGGUGGUGGAGGCGGAAAAGAUGGUGGAAAUGGAAAAGAUGGUGGAGAUGGAAAAGAUGGUGGAAAUGGAAAAGAUGGUGGAGAUGGAAAAGAUGGUGGAAAUGGAAAAGAUGGUGGAGAUGGAAAAGGAAAAGGAGACGGCAGUGGAGGAGGUGGUUUCAAUUUCAAUUUCGGAGACUUAGGAGGUGGAAAAGGAAAAGGAAAAGGAGGCGGCGGCGGAAAAGGAGCAGGUAAAGGAGGCGCAGGUGGUGGAGGCGGUGGACAAGGAGCAGGUGCAUUCGCUGGAGGCUCAGGAGCAAGUGCAAGUGCAUUCGCUGGAGGUUCAGGAGGAGGUGGUGGUGGUGGAAGAGGAGCAGGUAAAGGAGGCCCAGGUGGAAAUGGUGGUGGAAGAGGAUUAGGUGGAGGCUCAGGAGGUUCAGGAGGUGCAUUCAGUGGAGGCUCAGGAGGAAAUGGAGGUGGAAGAGGAGCAGGCGGAUCCGGAGGCGGUGCCAGCGCAUCCAGUGGAAGCUCAGGUGGCGGUGCCAGCGCAUCCAGUGGAAGCUCAGGUGGCGGUGCCAGCGCAUCCAGUGGAAGCUCAAGUGGCGGAUUCAAUAGAGGCUCAGGAGGUGGAUCCGGCGGAAGAGGUGGAUUUGCAAAUGGUGGACGAGGUGGUUCGGCAUAUGGCAAUAAUGCCUAUAAUGGAGAUGAGGUCUUCUACUACUAUUAUGAUGAUGAAGACUACUACAACGGUGGAGGACCCUAUGUCCCAGCAGCAGCAGCGUCCUCUGGUGGAUCUUCUGGCUCAUUUUCAGGAGGAGGAUUAAGUAACUCAAAUGGUGGUGGAAUGUUUCCCGGACUAUUCCCUGGAGCCUUCGGCCCAGGAAGAGGAGCGCCCUCUAGUGGAUUCUCGGGCCCUGUUGCUUCAGCUGGAGGUUUCAAUGGCUUAGGGUCAGGAGCGUCAGCUGGAGGAGGCCCAGGAGCGUCAGCAUCAGCAGGUGGAGCAUUCCGUAAAUAGAGCUGUACGGACUGAUUUAACUCGAUUUCUCAGAAAAGGUGUCGGGUGAAAUGAAGCAUUUCUAUUUAUAAAGAAAUUUGUUCAAAAGUUACUUUUCUUUUUCAACUCUAUUUAAAACAAUGUGUUACUUUGUGUCGUGCGGAAGUGGGCAUUCUUUUUCAGAGAAUCCCCUACAUUCCUUUUCAUUUAUGAUGUGUUAAUAAAUUUGACUAUUCAUUGCA